AUGCCUGGAAUCAAUCUGGAGAAAAAAUCAUUGAAAUUUGCUCCUGUAAAAAUAUUAGUCAUUGAAAGUCGUGGAGAAUAUUAUCGUACAGUUGGCUUCGCUUUUGGUGUUGGGUUAACUCACAUGUUUAUUGGAGCUACCACAAUGGUGACGUUCAUGUAUUCUCUUAAUACAGGAAACGUACAUGCCAUUUUAUGCACUUUAGGGUAUCAAUUGUUUUCUGCUGAAGCGAUAUUAGGUCUUAGUUACGUAAAUGGUUGGUCGGCACACUUGCGAUUAAAGCAUCGCGUGUGUGCACAUAUAAUGCUGACAAUAUGUGGCAUCAGCUGUGCUAUAUCUGGUCUAGUCCCUCCUAUAUCUUCUUUUGGAGUAGCAUCAAGUUACCACGGGUCAACAGGUCACAUAACACUGUUUUUUACAUUAUUGACCAUAAUAACUGGACCACUCGGAUUACAUAAUUUUGUUAAUCUUAGAUUGAUACAUAUGGGAUUUGGUCUAACUGCAUUCUCUAUGUCUUUCAUGUGCGUUUGCCUGGGGUUCUACACGACACAGUUUAAACAAUGGGCUGGCAAUAUAGUAACUUAUAUGUUAAUAAUAUUUGUAGGCAGUUUUACCUUCGUUAUUUGUGCGGUUACCAUAGUACAUGGUGCACUAAAUAUGAAAUAA